AUGGCUGCUGUGACAGGAGAUAGUAUUGAGGUUGACGACGACAUGGAGCUUGAACAUACAGACCAAAUUGACGAUUUAAAAAGUCGAGUGACAAAGAAGAAGGGACGUGGUUUCGGCGGUGAAACACAUGCUGAUGUAACGGAGUAUGAAGGUCUGGAGAGUGCAGGAGGUGCAAAUAAUCCAAAUGCUCCUCAAAGAUCAGUGGAAGGCUGGAUAGUAUUUGUGACAAAUGUUCAUGAAGAAGCCCAUGAGGAUGACGUAUAUGAACGAUUCAGCGAAUAUGGUGAAAUUAAAAAUAUGAAUUUGAAUAUUGAUCGCAGAACGGGCUUUCUAAAGGGGUACGCACUGGUGGAAUAUGAAACGCAGAAAGAAGCUUUUGCUGCAAUCGAAGGUUUAAAUGGCGCAGAGUUGCUUGGGCAAACAAUAAACGUUAGUUGGUGUUUUGUUCGGGGCAGUGCACAGAAGAAGAGGCGACGAUGA